UGCAGAGCCCCAUGAAUGGCGGGCAGGGCCCGCCUGGGCUCAGCUAGUGGAAGUGUUAAAGACAUCUUUGUUGGAGCCAGAAAUGGACAAUACAGGCUUUUAAAAAUAGUCAUUGACAAUGAGCAGCUUGUUGUGGGAUCCUCUAGACGGCCAGCUGGAUCAUGGGAAAAGGAUUAUGAUUCCUUUGUCCUUCCCCUUCUUGAAGACAAGCAACCAUGUUAUAUAUUAUACAGAUUAGAUUCUCAGAAUGCUCAAGGAUAUGAAUGGAUCUUCAUUGCAUGGUCACCUGAUCACUCUCCUGUUCGUCAAAAAAUGUUGUAUGCAGCAACCCGAGCAACGCUUAAGAAAGAAUUUGGAGGUGGCCAUAUUAAGGAUGAAGUAUUUGGAACUGUACAGGAUGAUGUUUCACUGAAUGGAUAUAAAAAAUAUUUGAUAUCACAAUCCUCCCCUGCACCUUUGACUGCAGCAGAAGAGGAACUUCGACAAAUUAAGAUUAAUGAGGUACAGGCGGAUGUUGGUGUAGAUACCAAGCAUCAAACACUGCAAGGAGUAGCAUUCCCCAUUGCUAAAGAAGCUAUUCAGGCUCUGGAGAAACUGAAAAAUAAGAAACUCAAUUAUGUACAACUGCAAAUUGAUAUGAAAAAUGAAACUAUAAUUUUGGCCAACACUCUUGAUACUGAACUUAAGGACUUGCCAAGAAGAGUUCCAAAGGAUGCUGCGCGUUACCACUUUUUCCUGUAUAAGCACACACACGAAGGAGACUAUUUGGAAUCCAUAAUUUUCAUCUACUCUAUGCCAGGUUAUACCUGUAGUAUACGAGAACGAAUGCUCUACUCUAGUUGCAAAAGUCCAUUGUUAGAAAUUGUAGAAACACAGUUGUGGAUGCAGAUAGUCAGAAAGAUUGAAAUAGAUAAUGGUGAUGAGUUAACUGCUGACUUUCUUUAUGAAGAAGUACAUCCAAAACAACAUGCUUACAAACAGAGUUUUGCUAAACCAAAAGGUCCUGCAGGGAAGAGAGGAAUACGAAGACUGAUUAGAGGUCCAGCAGAGACUGAAACACCUAGUGAUUAGAAAUUGUGUUUGUAUUUGUUAAAGUAUUAGAGUAAGAAAUGGAAUUCUAGCUUUUGGUAAUGAACUGAAAUCAUUCCAUUCGUAGAUGCUAGGGAUAUAAAAAAAGCUCUUUUUACUCUUCUCUUUUCUGACCUCAACACUUUUUAUAUUGUUACAUGAUUAUAUUUGUUGACCAUGUUUUAUGACAUAUAGAAGAGAUAAUUAUUUUAAAGCUAGAAAAGAAAAUCUAAGCUAGUGCUCCUUUAUUUUGAAUUUGACUCAUUAUUUAAUAGCCGUACAUGUGAUCAUAAACUUUGCAUAAGACUAUGAAGCCCAUGUAUUCUGUGGGUCACAGCUGUAUUCUUAUGCAUAGCCUAUUAAACCUGUAAGACUUUCCAUGUGAGAAGAGAUGAAGGACUACAUAACAUUGUCCCAGAUAAAACUUUGUAUUUCCUUGUAGCACUUAUUAUGGACAAUAGUAAAAUAGAAGGUUGUCUUUGGAUUUUGACAGGAUGCCUUGCUGGAUUUUGUUGUUGUUUUGGGGUUUUUUUUUCUUGUAAUGGAAAAGAUAAACUAGAAUUAGUUACUGUUCAAUUAAUAUAAGCAUUCAGGAAUAGGAGGACAUUUUCCUAGGCAAAAACUUGGUCAUCUCAAAUUUAACUAAUUUCAUGAAUUAUCUUUUAAAGAAAUCUGACAUAAAACACCAUAGCUUUUUCAGACUUCUCUAUCACUUCUGUUACAUAUUAGGUACUGAAUGACCAAGUAUAAGGUGAUUAAAAGUCCAUGAGUUAGGUUAUUAUUAGAUUAUUAAUCAAUAGAUUAUGGAUCUGCUUUCAGAGCAAUAUGCCUGAAGAAUCUAGUAAGUAACUAAUUAUUGAUGCACUUAGAUCUAAAAAUGUGUAAGUCCAGUAAAAAUUGAAGUAGCCUUGCUUCAUAACAGUGAGUUAUGCUUAAGGUCCUACUGUGUUUGCAGUAUCAACUGCAAUGUCUGCUUUCAAGAUAUUCUGAAAACUACUUUUCCUAAAUAUUUGAACUUCAAUAGUAACUUACAUCUGUAAUUUAAAUCCAACUAGGUCUUGAAUAACUGCUGGCAGCAAGCCCCUAGUUAGGAUUUUGUGGUUUUUUCCCUCUCUUCUUCCCUUCUUCAAAAUAUCAAAAUCAGCCAGAAUAAUCAAGUCUAAAUUUGAUUGAACUGUAAGUAAUGUGUUUAACAGGAAGAGGAAAAGUAGAUUAUUUCAGUAAGUGCAUUAAGGGAGAAUUAGAUGUGGAACUCAAGUAUUGGAUCAUCUUAAAUAUUUAACUGUGUGAUGAAGCAAAUACUCAUGAAUAGGUUAUAUUCCCAGUGAGGACUUGCAUUUUAGUGUCUUGUAUGUGACCUUUGUGGUUUUUGAGUUUUGUUGGUUUUGGAUUUUUUUUAAAUCUACAUGGGAGUUGCCAGCUUGGUUCAUUGGAUAUUAUUGUAGCUGCUGGAUAUAGUCAUUAUAGAGCUGAAUUGUGUGUUUACCUGGUGGAAGAUGGACUUUAACCUAGUUUUGUAGGGAAUAAUGUUUUGACACUAGUGGUUCCUGAUAAAAAAUUAUUUAAUCUAUUAUUUGGCUAUACUAGCUUGCUAUUGACAUCUGAGAUUGCACUAUGUAAUGUGAAGGUUGCAAUAUUUGGUUUUACUGUGGUUUUUUUAUAUGCAGCAGCAAUUUUACACUUCAGCAUUUUAAUUUAAUUUUACACACUACAUCAGUCCAAUUGAAUAGCUCUUGAUCCUCAGCUAAUCUUCUGCUUGCCCUUAGCUCUUGUGUUCUUUUCCUGCUUCUUGCCUUCUCCCUCUAGGGUAAGGAGCUGAUCUUCUAAGGGUUUCUUGUGUAUUAUGUGUCAGGCAAGUGUCAUUGUUUUUUAAAUAUGGUUACUGUGUGUGCAACUCAUUGUACACUGUAAUUAAAUGUAUUUUUAGAUUAACUCAGAAUAUUUGCAACACAUCUAAUUCACUUUGGAGGUUUUGUUUGGGUUUUAAGGAGUGUAGCAUUUAAAAAUUACUGCUUGAUGGUUGUGUGAAUCUAGUCCAAGUUGAAGGAAGUUCAGCUUCUUAAGACUAAAUGUUUAAAAUAAUGAACAGCUUGACCUGAUAGGGUUGUGUGCAUGUUGUGGGGGUUUUGUUGGAUGUUUGUUUUGGAUUUUUUUUUCCUCUGUUAUUUUGGUUGAUUUUUGUUGUUUUGUUUUUGUUGGGUUUGUUUUGUUUUUGUAAUCCUUCCCUAGGUAGAUGAGGAUAGAAGAUGGAAAACUUAAUCUGGAGGAUGAUGAGAGCUGGUUAAGUGAUUAUGCAAGAGCAUUUAUGAUGAGCUGCUUUAGAGUUCAGCCCAAACCAGACAUUGUAAAUUACCUUACGAGUCAGUCAUGUCCUGAGCAUGUCUCAUCCUCACCCUUCCCCAGAAAGAGAAUUGUAUGAAGCCUUGCACAGCUGGCUGCUUCUCCAGGCCUCUUGUAGCUAUUCUCCUAACAGCAAUAAGUAUCUGUUCUUUUUGUAAGAUCUAUCAUGUUUACAUCUACAUAGUUGCCUCCACUUCUGUUUAUGAAUGUUUAGAACCAGUGCAAAAUAUGGGCAUUAAUCAAAGUUGCUCCUUUAACUGUCUCUGGUAAUUAAAUAAUUGAAAGUGUCCAUUCAAAUUGUUGUUGGCCUUCAUAAAGUCCAAAAGCAAUGCAGCUGCUUGCAGUUAACUCAUAAGCUAUUAUUUAAUAAAUGUUUAUGUUGCAAGUUAGGGAAUCUUGAUCUUUUAAAACACUCCUAUCAAAGAUUAAACUAAUCAAGGUAAAAUUUGUCAGAUAGACACUGUAAAUAAAAAAUUUGUUUAUCAGUGUGUUUAUGUGUUCAAUGAAAGCCACCUUCAGAUGCUAAAAUUAAUGAAGUUUACCUUAUCUAUUUUGUAAUUUACUUUAUAAAUAAAGAUUGAUGCUUUA